AGAGAGCGGGGCGCCUGCGACGGGCUGACAGAUUCGACGAUAGCAGCGCCCGUGGCGAGCUUGUUUGCAUCGUCGAUCGAGCCCGGCAGCCUCGGCAGGGCAGCACGGGCGUCCCCUCCCUCUCAUCCGCAAUGGCGAGGCUUACUCAGGUACACAUGUAA